AUGGAACGCUGGCCGCUAUCGAAAAGCAUUGCUGCGAUGCGGGAGUACGUAGAGGAAAACGAGAAGAACGAUCCUCUCAUACACGCCCCCGAUAAGAAAAACAACCCUUGGGCCGAGAAAGGGAAGUGCAUCAUCAUUUUAAAGGGAAGCCUGGAGACCGAAGGUCGGUCGGCGACGGAAUCCGCUCGGUUCCACGCAAACACCAGCAACUUCCUCUAUGAACAUUUGCGUGCAAUCGUUAAGGAUUCCCGACGACGCCGACCGAGUGGGUCGGCGCCGAAGUCAACUUCGGACCCAUUGAAUUCUUCAUCGGCACCACUUGAAACUUUGUCGGCGCGCUUUGAAGCAAUCGUAAUGUUGAAUGUGGAGAUUCAUUGA